AUGAACAACACGAACGGAACGGCUCCCGCGCCUUUUAACCCAACAUGGGCAGCUGAGAGUAACACCGCGCGCAUCAUCGCUGUCGUAACUGUUUUUCAUCUCCUGGCGCAGUUGAGCGUUACGCUGCGGAUAUACGCCAGAAUAUGGGUCAUCAAGGCGCCGGGGUGGGACGAUACGGUCAUGGUCUUAUCGGCGAUCUGCGCCUGGGGAGGAUGGAUCUCAUUCGUGAUUCAGGCGCAAUACGGUCUUGGCAAACACAUCUCGACCAUCGACAAGAAGUAUGACUACAUCGUGUUCAACCACGUCGCCUUUUGGCAAGCGAUCAUCUCCGCCGCCGGCGCUCUCAUGUUUCUUAAGGUCUCUAUCGCCCUUAGUCUCUUGCGUCUGAGCAAGACUGGAUGGUACAAGUGGGCGUUGUGGUCAACUAUUGCUCUUGUCUUGUUCUACUCGAUUGGCGGCAUGUUUCCGUUCUUCCUUCACUGCAAACCCAUGUCAGGAUUUUGGGACAGGAACACGACACCACCUCCAAAGUGUAAAGAUGGCAAUAACAUUAAUCUGUUUGGUAUAAUAAACACAGGAUUCAACAUCUUCACCGACGUAAUUCUAGCCACCCUACCUGUGCCAGUCAUAUGGAAUUUGCAGAUGAAGCGCAGACUUCGUCUUUACGCAAUUGGAAUCUUGAGCUUAGGGUACUUUGCUGUCGCGAUGGGCAUAGUCAAAGCAGUAUACCAGCUCAACAACGACAGCGACCCUGAUAGAACUUUCAACAGAAGUAUCCAAUUCUGGGGCUUCCUACAGUUGCAGGUCGGUAUCAUCGCGGCAUGCGCACCGGCUUUGAAACCUCUUGUCAACAAGUUACUCAACCUAUCAGCAUAUAAUCAGCAUAAUCCAGACGCAUGUGGCAAGCGGUCGCAACAGACAGGCACUGGACCGAGGACGCUCGAGUACGACACCUUCCGCAGCCGUACUGACGGGACAACCAGAAGCGAUCAGUACGAACUCGAUGAAUGGGCCUUGGAUACACGAUAUGGCAAACAAACGGGUGAAAUCAGACUGCAGACCAUGCAACCUCCAGCAGGCAUAAUGCUCAGCGAGUAUGAUCGAAGUAAGGCCUUGCGCAUAGAAGAAGAAACUGCGAUACGAGUCCAGUCGAGCAACUUGCAUGGGAUCAUCAAGACUACUGAGCUUGCCAGGAGAUCUGAACAUCUUGACUAG